UCACGCAUUGUCGAGUGGUCUCUCGUCGCCGGCUCCGAGAACUUCAAUAUUUCCUCCUCUAAGAAUAACUCCAAUUGACACCGUGAAAUUGUCAAUUCCCCGUUGAAAUAAAUCACGAUCGUCCGUGAUCAGUUGGAAAAUAACGCAUUAAUAAAAUGGAGGGCCUGCUGGAGCGUCUGCGAACCAUUGGGUACGAGGGGCCCUUGCUGGAGUCAAGUAGACUCCACGAAGCUCUGGGGAGGGGUCCCAAGUCGACGGACUUCACUGCCCUCGUGGCCUGGCUGUCAGAGCAAUUGUCAAUUUUCGGUAAUUUCGAGGAACGUGUGCAUCCAACAGCUAGUCCCGAAGACUCCAGUUCAUUUUUGCUCGAGUUGAGCACAUUCCUGAAGGAAUUGGGCUGUGUCAAUACUCAGUUCAUGUCUGGGAAUCUCAAUCAAAGACUGGGAACGAGGAGCGAGAGGAUGCUUCUGCUGGAGUACCUGAUUCACGAGCUCAUGGCUAGCAAAAUCAUUGAGGCGACGAAACCUGACACUGGGGCGAAGCUCCAAGUGACAAUUCACGAGAGUGACACUGCCAGGAGCCUCAAGGACAUGCUGAUUGCCCUGGAGUUUGGAAAACCUCCAGACAACAUCACUGCUGGUCAAUUGUUUAAGAAACUCGAGGAGAAACUGAAAACUGUGAUUUCCUCGGCUCCGAAGGAUUUGCUUGGUAAGCCACUGGUCAUGGGAGAGUUAUCGAGGGAACAAUGGGGGAAGAUUGAUCAGCUCCAGGAGGAAAUGCGGGAGGAGUUCACGAUCCGGAGGGAGAUGUUGCUGAAGAGAUUGGAUGUCACUGUUCAAUCGUUUUUGUGGUCAGACCGAAUAAAAGCGAAAGAGGGUCAACUCACCAGCUGUUACCACUCGAAACGCGACAAAAUGUCGAGUCAGCCGUCAGUAACAAUUUCCCAACUACUAGCAGCUAGAGACGAUCUGGCGAUAAUUGAAAAAACGAGUAGUGCAGCAGUGCGGAAGAACACCCAGAGCAGUGUCACAAAGGUCAUUAUAGGAGCUGUGCCAGAUAGGGGGGGCAGAACGAGUGAACAAGCCCCACCACCGCCGGAGAUGCCAUCCUGGCAGAAGGACAGAGCACCAGAUGCAUCCAGGGGUGGGCGAGGAGGCGGCAGGGGAGGGGGAAGAGGGGGUGGAGGUAAUUAUAGAGACCACAAGGACGCGUCCUCGAAUUUUGGACAGAAUAGGAACUGGCAGGACCAGCAGCAGAGCUCGGGGUCCUAUCAGGAUGAUUACAGAGGGGGCGGAUUAAAUUCGUGUUGA